AGCACAAAGGGUUCGUGAAGUGCACGAGCUUAAACGCUGCUCCUUUCAUGGUCUGUUGUUUAUCCGCAAAAUGAGGGUGUUUCCAGGAACUCACUUAUUGGCGGUGCUUUUGGUUGUAUGCAAAAUUACCUUAAUGGUUGAAGGACAAACUCUGGUCCAAGACGGAAAGAUCAACUUCACUGCGUCAUAUCCUGACUUGCUUUACUGCACGAACGUGCAGUUCCCUCGUGCAUUCUCCAGCUCGAGAAAUGUAAGGGUGAUAGCGUCCAUCGGGUAUGAGUCCAAUACUCGCAGCGUACACGACUCGGCUGUUGUGUGGACGUCAGACGUAACACAGAGCAGUUUUCGCGUAUGUGCGUUGGAGUCGGGACUUGGCACAAAUGGAUCCGCCGUCGUGAACUGGAUUGCAUUUCGAAGUGCCCCUUCUGGAAUGUUGGAUGGCACCGCCUCCUUCAGUGCAUUUACCAGUGGAACAAAAUGUGAAAGAGUUACCUUUGUUCAGCGAUUUGCAUCUAUCCCAAAAGUGCUGGCUACAGUACGUCAUUCUGUCAGCAACAAGUCACAGGACGCUAUGAAUGUCUGGGUUGAAGAACUCAAGGCGGAUUAUUUCAGAGUGUGCCUUAGGGAAGUGAAAACUUUCGAUGGAAAGCAUCAGAAUUUAAAAGUGGAUUGGCUGGCAUUUACACAAAGAGGUGUUCAACUUACAUUUGAAGGAAAAUUGUUGCUUGAAAAUGGCGGAGCUCCUCGAGAACAAGACAAUUUCGCCUUUUGUAAGGUACACAACUUCACCGAUGAAUUUUAUGCACCCCCUGUAGUCAUAGUAACAGUAAAUCAUCUGUACGUUAGCAAGAAUGUAUAUUCCAUCAAGCCAGAGAACAAUGUUCUUAAUACUUGGAUUGAGGAAAUAACGAUCUCAUCGUUCCGUGUGUGUGUAAAAGACUUGGCAGGAAUGGAAAGCCAACACGAUCCUGCUACCGUUGAUUACGCCGUUAUUGGAGAUUUUGAUCCUUGCAUCAAUGUUUCCUGUAAUUAUUUUGCUGUCUGCAAGGCAUUUGGACCCAAAGACGCCAGGUGCAUAUGCGUGGAUAAUUGUCCAUCGUACGACGAACCUGUGUGUUCAUCCAACGGAACCACCUACGACAACGAGUGUAUCUUUCAGAGAGAAAUGUGCCACUUGAAGGCUAAUUUUACCCUUUAUCACCCGGGUGAUUGUACAGGAUUCCCUUCACAGAAAGGUCGUCAUCGUCUUCAUCACCACCCAAACUGGGCUGAGGCAGUUUGUGAACAGGUUCCACUGGUUCCUUAUGUCUUCUAUCCUGACAAACCUGUUCACGUACAAGUAUCUGUUAAUCACGUCAACUUCUCGGAUCCCUCCUAUGUCCACGAGGCUGUUGUGGCCUGGGUCGAGGAUUUAAGGGAAAACAAUUUUACAGUUUGUGUCACUCAAGCUGGGAGGAAUGAGAAGAAAAAUGGAAAAACAUUCGCUAUGGUUGAUUGGUUAGCAUACCAGGGGGCCCCUGACGGGGGAGUGUCAGGUGAAAUGGACAUGCCGACAUGGUGGACUGGAACGAGCUGUCGCACAGUUUCGUUGCCUCCGAAAAAGUUUCAGUCAGUUCCCACCGUCUUUGUGUCGGCUCAGCAUGAAAGGCGGGGAGUGAAGCAUGAUGCGUCUUCUGUUUGGGUAGAAGAUUUGACGACAACUUCCUUUAAGAUCUGUGUCAGGGAGUUACAGAACUUUGAUGGAGCUCACCAAAGCAUCCAUGUAGACUGGAUGGCAUUUGAAGAGCUUCACCAGCCCUUGUUUAUGGAGCAUGGCUCAUUAUACUUUGCAAACGGGAAACAACCAUCCAAAGAAUUUAACUAUGCUUUUUGUGAGGACGUUGCAUUUAAGAAGCCCUACAACGACUCCCCAGCCAUUCUGGUAUCUGCUAAUCACUCAACAAAUGGAGGAAACCUUAAUCCAUUGUAUAACUCCGUAUCAGCCUGGGUUGAGUAUAUCAACAAGACUGGCUUCAGAGCAUGCGUGAAGGAGUUAUUUGUGAACCAGCAUGAUCCUCUAUCAGUUUCGUAUGCAGUUAUGCCAGAUGUGUGUGAGCCAGGUUGGAGUUUCUACAAUGGUUCAUGUUAUUACACUAGUGAUACUUGUAAGACAUGGUCCAAAGCCAAUGCAAUCUGUAGAGGCAUGGGUGCUAACUUGCCCGCUAUCGAAAGUCAGGAGGAGAAUGUCUAUAUUCAACACAGACACAAUGGCGACAAGGCCUGGAUCGGUUUGAAUGACAUUGCUACAGAGGGAUUGUUCACUUGGGUGGAUGGGUGUCCAGAUAAGUUCCGUUACUGGGCGGAGAGUCAACCUAAUGACUUUCAGGGGGAGGACUGCGUACACACUCUUGGUCCUAGUCAUGGAUACAUGUGGAAUGACGUGGAGUGCUCGACUUGUCACCAAUAUACAUGUAAAAAAGAUUAUGAUGAAUGCAGUAGCUCGCCAUGUUUGAAUGGUGCAACUUGCGUUAACAAGAAGAGAAAUUUUACCUGUAUCUGCCCUCGCACUCACAAAGGAAGAUCAUGUGAUGAGUUUGACGAAUGUUCCAGUAGUCCCUGUCUAAACGAUGGAACCUGCACUGACGGGAUUAACAAUUACACGUGUUCCUGUCCUUCUCCGUUUUUUGGACGUCGAUGUCAGGAAACGGAUGAAUGUAAGUCCAAUCCAUGUCUCAACGGUGGAACAUGUGUGGAUGGAGUUUAUAACUUUACUUGUGUUUGUCCAAGCGCGUUCAAUGGAAGGCGAUGUGAAGUCACAGGAACAUCAUGCAAAGAUCUUCGGGCUGCUGGUCUUACCUUAAGUGGAUCAUACUCGUUGAAAGUUAAUAGCUAUACUUUUAAGGUACAUUGUGACAUGUCCAACAGUGGCGGUUGGACGCUCAUCUCACGUUUCUCUAAUGCUGAUAGCAAAAACUGGAUGCAAUACAGCGCGGACUGGUGGUAUGACCGUACAUAUUCUUAUGGCAGCGUCACCAGCACUUCAAGCAACUACGACAUGAUAUCACCCGCAUUCUGGCUAGUUAAAGGCAAUUACAUCAAAAUAACCCGAAGUGAUGACAGCUCCAACACAGCCUUGUUACAAACCAGCAGCUGCAUUGGAGGGAGGACCUUCAGAAGUUUCAUAACAAGGUACGGUAACUUCAGAUAUGGUGCUGUCUGGAACAGCAAUGCCUGUCGCAAAAGCUGUUAUAUCUCCAAUUACGGUGGCAGCUAUUCUUCUACAGUGGGCUUCAGUCAAAUGCACUGCAGCAGCAAUCUUCAAAGUAGUCGUUACUUAGGAUUCUGGUGUGACUGGGAUUCUGGUGAUGGAGCUGUGAUGAUGAUCGGCGGAGGAGGAGAUUAUUGCAAUAGGGCAGAUCAUGGGAUUGCUAUCACAGAGGAAAAUGCUGCCAAGUUUGACAGCAGCCAAGGAGGCUGCGAUUUAGACUUCGGUGACAACUGCAACGACCGCAGCAGCUACUCACUCAAUCUGUGGAUUAAAUAGCUAAAUCGUUUCAUCCACAUUUAUAUGCAUCAAGGAACAGUAUAGCAAUAUUUUAGAAACAACGUGCAUUGAAUAGCGUUUGAUUAAAGCAAAUC